AAAUACUUAAGCCUUGUUUAAGUAGGAAAAAAUAUUUACAAUAUUCCAUAUGCUAUAAUAAUUAGUGAGUUGCUAUUUGAGUUUUGUACUACCACCAUGAUAUUGUUUUUUUUUUCUUUUCAUUUUAUAAUUUCAUAAACUUUGAAAUGUUGUUAAUAAAAUCAAAUAAAUCAAUAACAAAUAUUAUAAUUAUAUUGUCAUUGUCUGUUUAAAUUUUAAAUGUAUAUUAUAACUUGGUUGGAGUAUAAUUUCCUUAAUUAAAGUUAUCUUUCUCAAAACAAAACAAAAAAUCAUUUCAUAAUUUUCAUAUGGUGUAAACCAUAAAAUUUAAUUCUAAACCUUCCUAUAAUGAUCUAACAAUAUGAAUCAAAGAUCCCAUCUCUUUGAAUAAAAUAAGCAUAAGUCUAGCUAUAUAUAAAUCAUAUACCACAAACCAACCGUAACAUUGCAAGUAACAAAAGUGUUAAUAAGACUCUGAAUGAUCUUGACAAUACAUAAACGAGGAUCCUAGUGGAUCUAGAGACACAAAAAUUAGAAGAAUUUUCUCUUUACAGGGAUUAUUAUGUUGAAUUAAAUGUCAAAUGAAGACUAAAUCAUUGGCAGUAGCAUGUCUAUCCCAAACCAAAGUUAGAAGAUAACCAACUUUAAUAGAUGAUCCAUUUAACUUUUAUUUGAAUGGAAAAUAAGACAUAUUAAUAAGCAAAAUUCUUUGGCCACCUCCCAACCUUCUAGGUCACCUCUGGUGAAAAACCCAAACUACCCCUGACUUCGGAAAUGCAUUUUCGAAAUGCAAGAAAAAUGUGUUUUCGGAGAUGCAUCUCCGAAAGCGCCAUUUUUUUGAAAAAAUUGUCUUAUUUCGGAAGUUCAUUUCCGAAAACAGCAUUUCGGAAGUUCAUUUCCGAAAUACUGCGCGUUUUGCAGAUUAAGCAAAAUAGGCCCCCUCCCCCAUUCAUUUGCCCUAAUCUUCUUCCAAACUCAUCCUCUUUCAAAAUUUCUGCAACAAGCAAGUGUGAAGUCAAAUAGAUUGCCAAAGUCUUCUUCCAAUCUCAACCUAAAUAAUCUCAAACACUAAUUGGUAAGUUUAUCAUUUUAUUUCAAUUUUUAGAUCCAUUAUUCAUUACUCUAUUAGGGUGUUUAGAGAUUGAAAAAAUCACAUUAAGAUAGGUUGGUACUGAUAUUAGGUUGUUUAGUAGGCAUAAAAGUAGUUUUGAUUUAGGAUUUUGGGGUCUGCCAUUGGAGGUUGCAGAGAACUUCUGCGCAGGGGUGUUUCGGAAGUUCAUUUCCGAAAACACCUUCAUUCCCAAUUUCAGAAAUGAACUUCCGAAGUGUAUCAGAAUUUCAAUUUUUUUUAGAUUUUUCUGUUGUCUCGCAUAUUAAUCGAUUUCAAUUGUUUUCAGGAACAUGUCAGGCAACCAACCAGCACGCAUCAGACAGGGUAGAGAGACAUAGACUGCGUCGGCUAGAUGCGAGCGGGCGGCGGCGCAGCUCGCGUCGACACAGGGACGAGGGAAGGGCCGAGGACGACGUGUGCGAGUUCCCGUGGAGAUGGGCGAGGGUACCUCUACAUCUGGAUCUAGGAGUCGGCUGGCUCGGGUAUCUUCUUUCCGCCAGCGAGAGGAGGAGGAGGAGGUGGCAGUGCCAUACCACGAGGCGGAGGGGGUACCGGAUGUUGACCCUCCACUCGGGGAGGAGGAUGAGCAGGAGGGCAGCUACCCGGGAGGGCCCAUUGAGACUUCCGUGCUGAUUACCUACCACGAUCACGUCGCUCGGCGUAUCUGGGAGGAAGAGGAGAGAGAGCCGUUGAAAAUGGUGAACCACGCCCGGAAGAUUUUCAGUUUGUUUAAACCGACUGCUGAGUGGUUUAACGACUCGGUGAGAGCUUCAGGGCUUAGUGGGCUCUGCAUGACGGGGUACACCACCAUCAGCCACAGCAUGCAGGGGGCCUUUGUGGAGCGCUGGCACAAGGAGACGUCUUCUUUCCACUUGCCGGUUGGGGAGAUGACGAUCACCUUGCAUGACGUGCAGUGUCUUCUCCACCUGCCGAUCAGGGGUCCGCUGUUCACCCACUCCCGGAUCCAGAUGGUCGAAGCCACUCAGUGGAUGGCGCUCUAUUUGGGCAUGGAGCCCGAAGCUGCUGACUACGAGUGCAUCACGACAUCUGGACCUCAUAUCCGGUUCACCAUACUGAGCCGCUAUUUCGAGCACCACCUGGACGCGGCGGCCGAUGCCGAGGAGGCGGGUGACGAGCUAUUUACACAGUAUCACCGUGGCUGUGCUCUCCGGUGCUGGUACAUGCAUGUGGUAGGCGCCGCAGUCUUUGUGGACAAGAGUGCAAGGUACGUCGAUGUGACCUACCUCCGCUACUUCAUGGACCUGACUACCGUUCACCAGUGGAACUGGGGGGCAGCUACUCUGGCAUAUCUAUACCAGAAGCUGAAUGAGGCCUCCAACUGGAGGACGAGGCAGUUGACCGGAUCCUGCACACUACUUACGAGUUGGAUCAUUUCUUAAUUCUCCCGCAUCCACGGCUUUCACAUCGAUCCUGUGUACAUGGACGCCAUGCCCAGGGCCGCCAGAUACGUUCUCCAGAGGGGGAACAAUGCGGUGGGACCAUACCGUGGGUACCUCGACCGCACGAUGCACGACGACGUCACCUAGAGGCCAUUCAGCGACUACACUCAGGUUGUCCCCUUUGACGGCAUUGCUUUAUAUUCUGGAUGGUUGACAUGCCGGGCCAGCAUCAUGGUCCGGUAUCUCCCUGAGCGGUGCAUGCGUCAGUUCGGAUUUGUGUAGAUGAUACCCAGAUCACCUUUUGAGGCUGCUCCCGACACAGUGACCCGAGUGCAGCUCACUGCCAUAUUUGAGGAUUGGGAGAAACAUAUGGUACCGGAGGAGUGUCGUCGCAUUCGUGUCACCCAGGACUGGCACAGUGUGGAGGGAUACGUCACAUGGUUCUACCGGGUGUCACAUCCUCUGCUGAGACCCGACGCUCCCGGCGCUCCCAGGCCAGCACACGAGGAGAUCCUAGAGAACCAGCAUGCCGAGGAUGACCACGCCAUUGAUCUCCUGCCGAUCUGCCAGCGGAUAGAGAUGCUUGGGCGGGACGCGUUGGAUCGAGGUGUCGUUCAUCAGGGCGGUCCAGAGGCAGUCGCCGUGAUGGAGAUGAUCGUCACUGAUGCGGGCCGUGCGGCGGCAGAGGAAGUCCCAGGGAGAGAGGGUUAGGCAUACCUAGUAGUGGUCGGGUUUAUUUUUUUUAUCACGGAUUGUAUCUUUUUUACACUAUUAUUAUUUGGAUUCG